ACACCCGCCGAGUUACAUUCUCAUCCAUUAUCACCACUAACCCACGUGACUUCUGAAACUGAAACAAAAAAAAACACAGAAUAACCAUUUCCUUUUCCCCUCUUUCUACUCUAUUUUUCCAUUCUAUUCAAUAAUUGAGUUGUAAAAAAAAAUCAUUAUUUCUUAUUCGAAAGAGCAUUAAUUAAACCAAACCCAUUGUUUAUUUUUGAUGCAAAAACGAUUUACCAACAAACUCAUACCUUCCUCUUCUUCUUGUCUUCUGUUUCUUUCUUAGUCUCCACUUCUUCCUAGACCAAAUCACCAACAACAUUCGAAAGCUCAAUCUCAACUACUCAUUCAAAUCCUUCUCUUGUUAAAUUUUUUAUAAUCAAAUGUUGGAACUUAAGAGUUCCCUGAAGAGCAAAGAAUUCAAUGUGAAAAUGAAACUCAUGAACAAACACAACACCACUAGAAUUCAACAAGACAAAACUUGUUGCUUCUUCACAUAUUACAAAUGGUUCCUUUGGCUUUGUCUUUCCCUUUAUUUCUUCACUUCUUAUCUCAUCACCAACGACCCACAGGACACUAUUUCCAAAUCCAACGUUGUUUCUCAUUCCUUUUCAACCCAAAACAAUCUAGGGUUGUUGAAAAAUCUGAAGGUGUUUAUUUACGAGCUACCAUCAAAAUACAACAAAGAUUGGCUUUUGAAUGAGAGGUGCAAAACACAUUUAUUCGCUUCAGAAGUUGCUAUUCACACCGCAUUAUUGAAAAGCAAUGUUAGAACUUUUGACCCUUCCGAAGCUGAUUUCUUCUUCGUUCCCGUUUACGUUUCUUGCAACUUCAGCACCGUUAACGGCUUCCCGGCGAUUGGACAUGCACGCGCUCUUAUUACCUCCGCAGUUGAACUCGUCUCCACCGAAUAUCCAUUCUGGAACCGAAGCAGAGGAUCCAACCACGUUUUCGUCGCUUCUCAUGAUUUCGGUGCAUGUUUUCAUACCCUGGAGGAUAAUGCAGUGAAAGAUGGCAUUCCGAGAAUAUUGAAGAAUUCGAUUGUGUUACAGACGUUUGGAGUUGAGUAUAAACAUCCUUGUCAGGAGGUUCAGAAUGUGGUUAUUCCGCCGUAUGUUUCGCCGGAGAAAAUUUGGAGAACGCUCGAGAAAGCUCCGGUGAACGGCCGGCGAGAUAUUUGGGCUUUCUUCAGAGGGAAAAUGGAAGUUCAUCCUAAAAACGUCAGUGGACGGUUUUACAGCAAGCGAGUGAGGACGGAGAUAUGGAGAAAAUUCAACGGUGAUCGGAGAUUUUAUCUUCAACGGCAUAGAUUCACAGGUUACCAAAUGGAAAUAGCACGUUCAGUGUUCUGUCUAUGUCCACUUGGGUGGGCCCCAUGGAGUCCAAGGCUUGUUGAAUCAGUUGCAUUGGGUUGUGUGCCGGUAAUUAUUGCUGACGGAAUCCGUUUACCGUUUUCCUCCGCCGUGAAAUGGGCGGAGAUCUCGGUCACGGUGGCGGAGAAAGACGUCGGGAAGUUAGACAAGAUUCUCGAGCGCGUGGCGGCGACGAACCUUACUUUAAUUCAGAGGAAUUUGUGGGACCCGAAGACGAGACGGGCCCUACUUUUUAAUAGUGAAAUCCAAGAAGGUGAUGCCACGUGGCAGGUUUUAUUAAGUCUAAGUCAGAAGCUUGGUAGGUCCAUGGUUUCUGCCGAAUAAAAUAGUGACACGUGGUUAAAUUCGAUUGGUUUAAAAGUUUGACAACGAAUGAACUGAGUUUCUGACGUGGAUGCGUUGGCAUUUGUAACUAUAGUUAUGGAUGACAGCUACGAAUUAAGUUGGCAUUUACUAUCGCGCAGAAUGAAUUCUAAUGGUGGGACCCAUGGAGACAUAGAAUAGAUAUAGGUUAUUGAUGACGUGGCAGACGUUGAUUUGCUGGAGGUGAAUAUAAUAGAUAUUUUUUUGUAAAUAAAUUAUUUUUUGAAAGUACAGUGUAAUAAACGAUUUUUAAUUGGGUAUUGAAUGUGGACAUUGAAAUGA